GCCACGAUGAGGCACUAUCGGCGCCAGAACCGUGUGUCCCGGCAUGCACUGCGGGCUACGGCGCUGCCUCCCGGCCUGCAGCGCGGCGGCCUUGCUGCUGCCGCAUUGGCUGCGCCGGGCUCCUGCUCCGCCCCGCCGUGCGCCGCGGGUCUCUGCGGGCUGGGCCCGGUGCCUGUGCUGUGCGGGUGGCGGGCCCGGGGCAGGCGGGCGCUGGCUUGGGGAUGGGUUGCCGGGCUGCUGCCCUCCUGGAGGGUGUGAUGUGUAUGGGAUAAGAUCUUUCCAGAGUAAUAAGCAUGGUUCGAGAGCGAAAAUGCAUAUUAUGUCACACUGAAUACAAUUCAAGAAAGGAGAUGGAAGAACAUAUGCGAAGCAUGCUUCACCACAGAGAACUUGAAAACCUGAAGGGAAGGGACAGCAACCAUGAAUGCCGGGUGUGCAGGGUGACAGUAGUGGGUUUGUCAGCAUAUGCCAAGCACAUCUCCAGCCAGCUGCACAAAGACAAUGUUGAUGCCCACGACAGAAACGAGGAGGGGAAAGAAGAGGCAGAAGAAGAAUACCUUGACAAAGAACUCAUUCAACUAAUCAAGCAAAGGAAGGAACAGGAUCGGCAAGCUGAACCAGGCUGUGCAAACCAAGAAUUAGAAUGUGGUGACAGGAGAUUACAGAGAAGGCGAGAAGAAAGAGCUGCUUACAAAGAAAGAGAAGCAUAUGAUCAGUCAUCAUGGCAUCAUCAUAAUGCAUCACAAAGGGACUGGAAGUGGGAAAAGGAUGAUUAUAUUAGUCCUAGACAAGGCAAAUUUUCACACUGUCAGAGGAACCUUAAUACAAACAGACAUGCAGGUGGCUCAAGGGGACGCUCUGGGUGGCACCAAAAUGCUUCAAAUCGUCAUAACUAUGGGAAUUCUGGGAGUGCUUGGCAUCCAAGUGGGCGAGAGGGAGGACCACCAAAUUGGCAUCAUGGUGCCAGAGGGAGAAAUUCUACGUGGCAUCCAGAAGGAACAGGUCAUUUUUCUAGCUGGAAUUCCAAGAAUUAUGGAGGGAACUGGAAAUCUAGUCCUCAUGGUGCAAAUGGCUGGAAUUUUGAAGGUCCUGCAGAUGCAUGUUCAGUAGAGCCUAAUAAAUACAAUAGGAUGAGAUAUGUGUGGCAGAGGCAGGAGAAAGUCACUGAUGCUCCACCAUACAGAGGUCGGAAAAAUAGGAGAGACUUGAUUGAUUUUACUAGUGAUCAUCUUGCUUCUGAGGGAGGAUUUGACUUUGGUAGGCUGAAGCAACCAGAGAGCAAAACUUCAAGAGCCAGUGGAAAAAGUGGUAGUCCUUCCAGAGACAAAAUGCAUCGCUGGACUCCCUACCCAUCCCAACCGUGGUCUGAAGAUAAUGUUUCUAAAACUCAAGAUAAAAUGGAUUCUGUAUUUAUGCCUCUUAGUGAUUCAUCAGCAAAAGAAAAAUCUUGUGAAGCUAAUGUUAGCCUUUCAAAACUUAAAAAUCAGGAGGCAUCUUCCCCUUCUAAUGUAAUGUCAGACCACAUUGAUUCUUGCCAGGUAAUGAAAGACAGCUCUAGUGGUGAAAACCCUGACAAAGGUGAUGGCAGAAGUAAUAGGAUGCCAUCACUGAAAUCCCCUCUUCUGAAUAUCACAGACAUAAAAUUAUCUCCCCCGAAGCAAGACACCCACAGUCUCUUAAAAAAUGUCAAGCUUCUGUUAGCCUCAACUAGUGGCAAAGAGCAGAAUCAUGUGAAUGUGCUGAGCUUGGAAGCCAAUGGUUUAUUCUCGUACUCACCAGAACUGCAUGAUGCAUGUGCUGCUAAAUUAGAAGACAACAGAGAUGUGCUUCGCAGCGAUCUUGGAGAGCCUGUUAAUAACUUAAGUGAAGCAGAACAAAGCACCAAAGAUGUUCAGUCCAGCCACUCCUUGCAAAACUCUCCCUUAAGCGUUUGCAAAGAUACAAAUGACCAGAAUAAGGAAGAAACCAGGGCAGUGUCACCAAAGAAUGAGUUCAGAUCAGCUUCAUUAGAAGAUGUGAACGAUGAAGAUUUAACAGCAAGCAAGAAGUCAGAAGUGAGAGUUGUAAAGUUGAGUUGUUCUGUUGGUUCUUGUUUAUCCCUUGACCCUGUGGAAUGUAAACCUGCCACCUCUGAGAAGGAAGAUGAUGAAGAGCCAUCUGCUACCGGUAUUGCUUCUGCCGAUAUAAAAGAUUCUACAUUUCAGAUGGAAUCCACAGUUUCUCCAUCAAGUGAUCAGGACCCUUUGCAUGUGGAUUUGAAAACCUCCUUGCAGGGUGGAGAAGGCAAUGAAGAACAUGUCAAAUCACAUGAUCCCUUAGAAAUGGAAGGGUUUGAGAAUUCUUCUGAUCAUGAGCUGCAGAAAGGAGGAAGCCAGUCACCAGGCCUCCUUCUUCCUGAUUUGAGCAAACUUGGCCUCCCUGCAUCUUUGCAGAGAGACCUGACACGACAUAUUAGUCUGAAGAGUAAAUCUGGGACACAUCUUCCAGAGCCCAAUCUCAAUAAUGCACGUCGCAUUCGGAAUGUAAGUGGCCAUCGGAGAAGUGAGACUGAGAAGGAAUCAGGGCUUAAACCCACCCUCAGGCAGAUUCUUAGUGCUUCCCGGCGAAAUGUAAACUGGGAUCAAGUCAUCCAGCAGGUAACCAAGAAGAAACAGGAACUUGGCAAAGGUUUACCAAGGUUUGGCAUAGAAAUGGUGCCUCUUGUUCAGAAUGAGCAAGAGGGUCUAGAACUCGGUGAAGAAUCUGAUCUGUCAACUCUGGAAGGAUUCCAGUGGGAAGGAAUUUCCUUAGCAGUGCCUGGCUCAGCCAGAAAGCGUAGCUUUUCUGAAAGUAGUGUCAUUGCAGACAGAAACCCUGCUGCUUAUAGCUUCUUCAGUGAACAAGCCAAAAUAAAAGAAAGUGGGCAAAUGCAAAUAACUGGAACCAGCCACUCAUGUCCCAUUACAUCUGGAUAUGAGGCAAGUACUGGCAUUGAGGCUGACUUGAAACAGGACACAGCUUCUCUUCCUUUGUUACCAUUCAUGUCUGAAAGAACUGAGACACGUGGAAGAAGACACAGUCUACAGGCCACGUCUGAGGUCACAGACUUCACAAAACCAGAGCAAGAGAGCCCAGAGAAGAGAACACCUCUUCUUGAGAAACAAAAUGUCCUAGGAAUCUCAGAAGAAAACUGCUCAGCUUCAAAUAAUGCUUCACUUCUUGCAGCAUCUAAUAAUAUAGAUGCAGCUACAGACAGUAGCUGUACAUCUGGUACUGAACAGAAUGACAGCCAAGGAGUAGGAAAGAAACGAAGGGCAACUGGAGAGGGAUCUUCUCCUGAAAUCCCUAGUCUAGAAAGAAAGAAUAAGAGAAGAAAGAUCAAGGGUAAAAAAGAACGUUCUCAGGUAGACCAUUUGUUGGCAAUUUCGCUGAGGGAAGAAGAGUUAAGCAAGUCCCUGCAUAGUGUGGACAACAGUCUCUUGCAGGCUAGGGCUACUCUGCAGGCUGCGUAUGUUGAAGUUCAACGGUUCCUUGUAUUAAAGCAACAGAUAACCAUGGAAAUGAGUGCACUGAGAAGUCAAAGAAUACAGAUCUUGCAGGGGCUACAAGAAACAUAUGAACCUUCUGAACUGUCAGAGCAACUUUCCUGCAGUGUCUUAAGUGAGAGAAGAAAUAGCAAAUCUCAGAUGGCAGCUGACUUAACCCCUGCAGGCUCCUUCCUGCCUGUUUUGGACACUUUGUCGUCUUCAAUACCUCCACUGGGAUCUUCCGUUCAUGUAAACGUGCCGUUGCCAUUCCAGUCUCCUGGCGUCACACCCACCGUUCCUCCUGACUCCGCAGUACAGGUUAAAUGUGAACCUGCGUCUCCGAAAGGCUCAGAAGAAAAUGGCAAUUCUGUGCUUCAGAGCUCUCCAUCUGCUUCACGAACAGAAGAGGUGCAGCAGAAGGGUGAAGACACCAACCAGAACACAUCAAGAUACCCAGUUAUCUCUGCAACCCUAUCCAUAUCAGAACUGGCAGCUUGUUUCCAAAAUACCAAUCAAGAUGUUCCCAAGCCUGCUAGGAACAGGGGAAAGGCUGGGCUUCGUGAGGACCCUUCUCAUUCACUGUCUGUUUUCAGCAAGAAAGACGCAAAUGAUGCGGUGACUGAAAACUUUUUACGGGUUCAGCGUAGCCCUUCUCUGCCAAAGUGUUCAGCCCUUCUAGAACUGCCAAUGGAUGAAACUCCCAAGUUGUCUGCAGAACCAUCCAAGCAACAGAUGACAACCACUGUAGUCCCAGCAGAAAAAGGGAACAGGAGGAGGAGAAGGUUAAGGAAGAAGAAAACUCUGAGAGCAGCCCAUGUGCCAGAGAACAGUGAUACAGAGCAGGAUAUAGUUGACUUGAAGCCCAUUCGGAAACUCAGGGGUGGGAAGGUUCUGAAAGGAGUAAAAGUUACUACAUCUGCUCCUCCAAAACAGGAGAAAGGAGUCACUGCUCAAACUGCGAGAAACAAAGAUGAGAAUGACAGUGAUGUUUCUCUGGAACUGGUGGAAGUUCCAGUUCCUCAGUGUCACGUAGUUGAUGUUGGUUCAUCAGAGUCGGGAAAUGAGAAACCAGACAGUCCAUCAAAGAGGGAUUCACGCAGCUCUCUGGAUCAAACAGUCCUAGAGGCAUCCUGUUCUGGUUAUGAUGAAGUGAGCUCUACCAGUGAGAUUGGCACAAAUUACGGGGAUGAUGGGAAAAGAAGUGUGGCUGAGACGCAGACUUCCAUAUCUCUAUUAAGAGGAUCAAAGAAUUCCUCAGAACUGUCUUCAGAGCCAGGUGAGGAUGAAGAACCUACAGAGGGAAACUUUGAGGGACACCAGGCUGCAGUGAAUGCUAUUCAGAUUUUUGGGAAUUUAUUGUAUACCUGCUCAGCAGACAAAACUGUUUGUGCCUACAAUCUGGUUAGCAGAAAGUGUGUGGCUAUCUUUGAAGGACAUACUUCAAAAGUGAACUGCCUCCUGGUCACUCAGACAAAUGGGAAGAAUGCUGCACUCUACACUGGUUCGAGUGACCACACUAUCAACUGUUACAAUAUCAAGACCAAAGAGUGCACAGAACAAUUUAAAUUGGAAGAUCGAGUGCUGUGUUUACACAGUCGAUGGCGGAUUCUUUAUGCAGGCCUUGCCAAUGGCAGUGUGGUUACUUUCAGCAUAAAGAACAACAAGCAUGUUGAUACCUUUGAAUGCCAUGGCCCUAGAGCAGUGAGCUGCCUAGCCACAGCUCAGGAAGGAGCACGCAAGUUGUUGGUAGUGGGCUCCUAUGACUGCACCAUCAGUGUGAGGGAUGCACGGAACGGGCUGCUACUCAGAACUCUGGAAGGUCACAGCAAGACUAUACUCUGCAUGAAGGUUGUGAAUGAUCUGGUAUUCAGUGGCUCCAGUGAUCAGUCUGUCCAUGCUCACAACAUCCAUACUGGAGAGCUGGUACGGAUCUAUAAAGGCCAUAACCACGCAGUAACGGUUGUGAACAUUCUUGGGAAGGUGAUGGUGACAGCAUGUCUGGAUAAAUUUGUUCGUGUUUAUGAACUACAGUCCCAUGACCGCUUACAAGUCUAUGGAGGACACACGGAUAUGAUCAUGUGCAUGACCAUCCAUAAGAGCAUGAUCUACACUGGGUGCUAUGAUGGCAGUGUCAGAGCUGUGAGGCUUAAUCUAAUGCAAAAUUAUCGUUGCUGGUGGCAUGGAUGUUCACUGAUCUUUGGAGUUGUGGACCAUCUGAAACAGCACUUGCUGACUGACCACACCAACCCAAAUUUUCAGACCCUAAAAUGCCGCUGGAAGAACUGUGAUGCUUUCUUUACUUCCAGAAAAGGGUCCAAGCAGGAUGCUGUAGGACACAUUGAAAGACAUGCUGAGGAUGACAGCAGGAUUGACUCAUGAAGCUUUUCACCUCCCACAUUGGGAAGACAUUUUGUCAGAAUUAUUCCAGACAACAUAGUUUCUUACUCCAGUUUUUCCUCUUUCUUUCCCCACUUAGAGUGCAAAAAUGCUGUGGGGCUGAAAUGCCUUGUUACAGAGGCUGCAGGUUGUGCUGCUCUCUGUAGAAAUAAGGCUGGUCAGUUAAGAUUUGGCCUAAAUGGGAGAUUCUUGCAAGCUUUUAGUUCAUUGACAGAUAAGAAUAUUCCCUCGUCUGCCUUAGAUUUAUGUUGUUUGUUUGUUUUUUUCUUAAGAAACAUAGCCUGAGAGUCUUUGGGAAGUCCAGAGCGGUGCUGAGAACUUAAGUCUCAAUAGGUGCUGGCAUUUGCCAACUCAGCUGGAAGCCUGUGAAAUGUCCAAGACAUCUCUAUUUUUUAUGCUGUGUCUCAUUUUUUUGGGCCAAUGUUAAUAAAAUUCUGCAAAACAGGAUAUAAAAAAUUCUGACAGUGUAACCUGAAUAUCCAGUGUACAUUUUGACAUAACAGGUAUUUUAUGGGGAACUGGAAUAAAUGAAAGCUUUUGUUAAUUGUAACUUAAUUUUUACCUUGAUUCCUUGUGCAAGAAUUGCUGUAACUGAGACAGUAUAUCCAGUGACAGACUGCCCUACGUGCUGUACCUACUGAGUGAUUUGGUUUAUUUGGAGGAAAGCAGUGAUUUCUUGAGGUAGCAGCAGCAGAGAAGAAACUAUUUGCAGCAAAACUGCCGGAGCAGUGGCUACACUCACAGUUUGCAAUCUUAGUAUUUUUCAAUAUAGGUCCUUAUGUACUGGAAGGACUAAAGCAGUUUCAUCUUAUGUCUUGGUUAAAUGCCAGCUUAACCACUGUUAUCUUGAUACACUACUAUGUCUGCAUUCCUGGUUUUACUUGGAAUCUAUGUGACUGAGCUUUGCAGUCCCAUAUAUUUGUGAUAUAGCAAACCCACAGAAAUGCAAAAGCAGCACUUGCCUAACUGCAUCCCCUUAGGUACUGUUUCGUUUCUGUUCUGAACUGGCCUAAUUGGCUUAGGCUGUAUCGAGUUCCCCAAAAACUCAGAAGAAUGAAUGUUUUGAUGUGUGAAGUUCUCAAGCAGAAGAUGAAGAUACAAAAUACAUUAUCAUACGUAGAAUUCUUGUUUCUGCUAACACAGAAGAUACCACAGAAAAGCCAAUGCAGAGGGGAAAACUCAGUAGAAAGUGUUUUGUUUUCAUGCCUUCCUCUGCAGGCAUCACCUUGAGGUGAAACACUUACCUUUGUGAUCCUAUCGUCUACUAUGACACUGAUUUAGCGAAGAGCACUGUUAGACGAUGAGGCUGAUCUAGCAGGAAGCUUUGUCUUUGCUUUUGCCUAACUUCAACUCGGUAUUGAAAGAGCAGAGGUUUCCUUAAGCUGUAAAAGAAGGUAAAGACAGCCCAGUGUCCAAACUGAGCUGCUUCCAGAUGAGUCCAGUGCUUUUUAAACAGACUGAAUGUGCUGCUUUUACCAGGUACCUCUCCCACCACUGCUUUGAGGCUUGGUAUGCCAACCAUAGACCAAUUACAUUUUAUACCUUCAUUCUUUGACUAUGAAGAAGCCUUUUUAGGUCAAGAAAGUGAUCCAGGAAAGCCCAUAGAUGUUCAACUGUCAUCAAAUCAAGGAACUUCCAGGGUCUUUUCUGAAGCAUGCUAUUUUUAUUUAUCAUUAGUGGGGCAAGCAGAGUUUCUCUGCAGUUGCCUUGGCAUUGAUUUAUUAUUUUGUUUUGUAAGAGAUGGGAGAAAAAUAGGAGUGAGAUGCAGUAGGGUUUUACUUCAAAGACAUGGAAAUCUCUAAGGUUUCAGUGCUUUUGUGGUGAUUUGUUUGGGUUUGUUUAUUAAGCUGUUUGGUGACAGGGAAAUAAAACCCAGUAUGUGGCUCAGACCCCAGGCUGUUUUGAGGAUGUUUUUGUUUUGGAUUUUGCAGUGUGUGUGUUUUUGCUUUUUUAUUUUCAGUCUCUGAGACUACUUGUUUUUUUCAUGACCUAAAACCAGAGGACUGCAAAAUACUUAGACCAUUUCCAAAAUUAUUGAUAUUCAAGAAUUCUGGGGGGGUUUGUGAACCACAGUGAAGGAGCUUGUGGAAACAUUGCAUAAACAGUGGAGUCUCAAGCUGUCCUUCAUGGGCUGUGCUUGAGGCAAAGAUGUGGAGGUGUAGGUGUGUGUCCUGAGGACAAGCAUGUGGAGUGAUUGUAGCAUUCUGAAAAAGGGUGUGCCAGAGUAGAUUAUGUUAAUUCUUCCUUGUGAUUCUUCACCUUCUUUCAGUUGUUUUCAGGAACAUGGUGUUGUAACAAGCACAUUUAUUACACUGUAUUUGCAUUCCGGUUUGCUCAUUCAAUUUAUCUUUUCUAGAUAGUGGAAGCAGACUUCCUUUCUUCUAUUCCAUGAUAUUUCCUUAUCUGUUCUUGGAAACAUUUCUCCUUGAGAAGUCUAGACUUCUGAAAUCCAGCUUUAGCAGUGGUAUUUUUUGCCUUUGUAGGCAAUUUCAGAUAUCUUGCAAGAAUUUUAAAAUGUCUGAGGCAAAUGUUGAUAAAAGGCAGGAGAACAGCUCAGCUGCGUGAGUGUUUAUAAAAUCUUGCUUCGUAAAUUAGAAACAGUUUUUUAAACUGCUCAGAGUCUCAGAGGAAAAUGCUAUACUGCUUUGUCCUGAGGAGAUGAUAAAAGGAUUUGCUGUGAAGUUGUGCAGCUGUGGAAAUCCUCAGGCAUCUCUGUAGUUCCAUGGGGAGUGUCUCUGUUUGUUCAGCUGCAAUUUGGUACACAUUUUGCUAUUCACCUUGGCAGAGAGAUGUGAGUCUUGGUAGCCUGUAAUGAGGUGCUCUCCAGUCUGGCCACUCAGAGUUGUGAUUCCUGAUAUACCUCUAGUUGAAGAGAGUAAUAACUUGGGGAAGGCAGGUUAUUUGUGACAUUUAAGAGAGUACUAUUUGCAAGGAAAGCAGUACUGCAUAUUCAGUGCCUGUUUCCAGGACUACUCUUGUUUUCAGUUUGUUUUUUAUGCAAGUAAAAACUUGAGUGUGGAAGAGUGAGUAGAGUAUGGGUUUGGGUUUUGGUUAGCUCUUUUGAUUUUAUUAGUCACAUGUUAAAUGAGCUCUGGGCUUGCACUGUAGCUGGCAGUGUAUGAUAAACCCUUUGAGGGCAAGCCACCAUUUUCCUCUUGGCACCUGUUACACCAUGAGCCUCCUCAGUGGGCAGAAAGCACCCAGAGGCAUUGUAUGUCUUUAUGAUAAAAUGAGUGGGCCAGGUGCUUCUGAAACCAGUUAGAUCAUUCUCUUGAAAAGGGUGAGAACUUGAUGUGCCAUGGGCACACCAGGCCCUGCCUGAAGCCCCAAAAGGAGGGCAUGCACAUUGUGCAAAUCUUUAUCUUUCCCAGCCCAAAUAACCUCACUUGUGUUGAGUGAUAAGAGAAUGCUAUGACUGGUCUGUCAUCAUUGCACCUUUCUGCUUCAAAUUGGAGUGAAAAAGAACAGCUAACUAGCAGUACAAAAUAUUCUAUGACCCAAAGCUGCUGCUUGUGUGUAUAGAAGGCACUGGUGGAAAAACUGCUGCAUUUGUUGUUAAGAAGACACAUUAAAUGUCCCAGCUUCUGCUUGCCCUGUGUCACUUAAGUGUGGAUUGUGGACUUCAAACGUUAUCAACACAUGAGCAGUCUUCUUCAAAACAGCAGGAGUGUGGCUGCAGUGUGUUUGAAGUAGUGCAGGUUCUAAUGCACGUAUUCAGACUAUAGAUAGUAAUGCUGCAUCAAGGUUAACAGCAACUGGAAACUAGCAAUAAACUGCAGGUUCCCAGGCACAAAAAUAUGGUGUUGAGAAAAUACUCUUUUUUUCCCCUUAUUUUGAAUUAAAACACAGGUACAGAUGAAUCUUGGUUUUCGGGGUUGUAUGGCACUGUCAUUCAAACAGUCCAGACUUGCAGAGUGUAUGAGGAAAGGUAAGGAAACGGUUCAGGUACUGGUUGUAAAAUACUUAUUAGUGAAAGAACAAACUAUGUCAUUAUAUAUAUUCUGUUACAUGCACCUGCCAACUCCUCAAAUUUAAUUCUAUUGUAAUUGUUAAUUGGUCCUUUUGGAGAAUGGAAGUGGAUUAAACCAACAUGAUUGAAUAGUAAUUGAAACUGUGUAGAACAUCUGCAAAGAUUGACCUUGGUUUUCUUCUCUCACUUUGGUGCAAAGCUGUGAGCCAUAAUAAUAAGAUUUGACUCAGUAAAAGAGAAAAAAUAAUAAUAAAAGUUCUUUAUAUUGUUA